CUUCCUUUGGGUCCUUAGCAUAAGGUUUUGUUUACAACCACGUCACCAGGAAAUACAUCCGCAAGUUUCAACAUGCUGAGACAGGACUCGCAAGACGCUCCUCUCUUUGGGGAAGAGGACGGUGACAUAAGAGCCAGAAAGUCCAACAUUAGACACCCGCUGGUCUCCUUCUUCCAUCUCUUCUUCCGAACAAGUGCCAUCUUGGUCUACUUACUGUGCGACAUCUUCAGCAGUCGUUUCAUUGCCUGUAUGGUCACCAUCAUCCUCCUGCUGUCAUGUGACUUCUGGACCGUGAAGAAUGUAUCUGGCAGAUUGUUGGUGGGCCUUCGCUGGUGGAAUCAAGUGGAUACCAAUGGAAAGAGCCACUGGGUGUUUGAGUCAAAGAAGACGCACAGUCUGAACACGACGUCCAGUGCCGAGUCCCGGAUCUUCUGGCUCGGACUCAUCGUGUGCCCCAUCUUCUGGAUAAUGUUUGUGUUCAGCACCAUCUUCUCUUUCAAGAUGAAAUGGCUGGCUGUAGUGCUCAUGGGCUUGGUAUUACAAUGGGCAAACUUGUACGGCUACAUCAGAUGCAAGUUCGGUGGACAGACCAACCUGAGAAACAUGGCACAGAACUAUCUUGGUGCCCAGAUUUUUAAACAGGCAAUGAAAAAGACAGAGGAACCUUGAAGUUGAAGAGGACGAACCGUCUGCAGUGUGAUGGACACAUUAUUGUACCUGUUGGUCUUUUCUGAGUGUGAAAGUGUUUUUGAUACAACUGAUUUUGUGUCGGGGUUUUUUUCCUCUGAAAUCAUUGACUGACUGAUUAAUUCAGGAAUAAUUUCCAGACUUUCUAUUAAUGCAAAUAAAAAAAAAAACAAUAGUUGCUGUUGAGAAUAAAUUGCAUACAGUAGUUUUGUCAGUUCAGAGCACAGGUAGACUGAUACUUGUAACUGAUGUAAGGUUAUUGUGAAAUGUAAACCCUGACUGGUAAACUGAGUUCACCACAAAACUGGCAAAGUCCCUAACAGGCUUUAAUUUGUUUUAAAAUAGCAGUUAAUGAGGUAAUGUUUAGAUUCCGGAGUCUUGAUUAGAUUUCGAUCAAGGGCAGUUUUGUCUUUAGAAAAUGAAAGCAUUAUUUUUUACAUUACACUUUUGUAACUUUUGACGUCUCAGCAUCUCUGAAUGUAUACUGUUGGGAAAAGAGCUUUGGGGGACAAUUAAAUAUAUAGAGAUAGAUGUGUUACCUUAUUGUGCUACUAUUUAAACUAUAGGGGCGGGGAUCUUACUGCUGCUUUAUGUUGUUUUAAUCAAACUUUAUAAAAUAUUGUGAUAAAUGAUAUUGGGAUAUGGCAGGGAGAAGUUGGUGAAGUGUAUAAUGUUUAGCUACAAGUGCCACUUGGUUGUGAGUUUACACAAAAACUGACGAUUUACCCUGGACAUCUCUGAAAUUGUUGUUUUACAAAAACAUAAUAAAUACAAGAAUAAACUCAUGACUGUCAUUUCUGGCUGGAAGUGUCAACAUUAUGUUAUUAAA